GAGAGAUCUUGCCAAACUGACACCAUCAGAGGGAAAUUUCAUCGCCUGGAAGUCUGAUCUUCAUUUGUUCCUGGGGACACCUGCAAAGAUUGGUGUGGAGACAGCUUUCCAGGUGAGGAGGUAAAUCCAGAUCCUGUUAUGCUCUCUUGGCCAGAAGCAGAAGCCUCCUCCGUGCUGUUGUAAAAUCAGCUACCCAGUUCCGACCUGGAGCAUGGAAUCUCACACACAGCCAGUUUUAAUGCAACAUUCUCUCUCAACACUUCUUUGGUUCCUUCACUUAGAAGCUAAGGUACCUUCCAUGAUGUUCCCACUGCAAGGUGCCCAAAUGCUGCAGUCACUGGAGAGGUCCUUGAGGAAGAGCCUUCCUGAAUCCUUAAAGGUUUAUGGGACUGUCUUCCACAUGAACCAGGGAAACCCAUUCAAGCUGAAGGCUCUAGUGGACAAGUGGCCUGAUUUUAACACAGUGGUUAUCCGCCCUCAGGAGCAGGAGAUGACAGAUGAUCUUGAUCACUACACCAAUACUUACCAAAUCUACUCCAAGGACCUCAAGAACUGUCAGAAAUGUCUUGUCUCACCAGAAGUCAUCAACUGGAAACAGCAUUUGCAGAUCCAAAGUUCACAGACCAGCCUGAAUGAGGUGAUACAAAAUCUUGCAGCUACUAAAUCCUUCCAAGUCAAGCAAACACAUUGCAUUCUCUAUAUGACGGCUGAGACGAUGAAGAAACUAGUUCCUUCCCUGCUGGAGGGAAAGAACUUAUCACCCAACAGUGGCAAACCCAAGGCCAUCUGCCAAGAGAUGUUUAAACCCUCCUCCCUGGAUGUUACCCAUGCUUCCUUGGUGAAUAAAUUCUGGCAUUUUGGUGGCAAUGAGAGGAGCCAGAGAUUCAUCGAGCGCUGUAUCCAGAACUUCCCCACCUUCUGCCUGCUGGGGCCUGAGAGGACGCCUGUAUCCUGGAACCUGAUGGACCAGACAGGAGAGUUACGGAUGGCGGGUACCCUGCCUGAGUACCGGGCCCACGGCCUUAUCACCCAAGUCAUCUAUUCCCAUAGUCACUAUCUAAACAAACUUGGCUUCCCCAUAUAUGCUCAUGUUGACAAGAGCAACAAAACUAUGCAGAAAGUUUGUAACAAACUUGAUCAUAUCACCAUACCCUGUGGCUGGAACCAGUGGCACUGUGUGCCCCUGUGAAGCAGCCCUGCACAGAAGACCAUGUCAGAUGGGCCUGGGAAGACAGAAAGAAUAAGUUAUAAUUGUAAUCAUCAGUAAAGGAAUGGCACUGUUUGGGCUCCAGGGAAGCAGUGUGAUUUGUCAGCAAGACCACCCUAGUCCCUGCACUUGAACUGCAGAUGGGAUUCCUUUAGAUUUAUCACUAUGAAGCAGCCCAGGUACUCCCUCAGUGGGCCCCACAUAAUUUAGCCUCCCACACUUCUGGGAUCUCUGUGAUGCUCCUUCAUCAGCUACCUGGUGCCCCAAAUGGCUUCUCCUAGAACUCCUAGUACACGGAUUGGUAGAGCCCUGCCAAAUCUUCCAGGGAGGGGUAAUAUUUUCUGAGCAUUAUAACUUAUUCCUCUUUCUUUCUAUGGCCUUUUCCUUAGUGGUCAGCAAGAAUAUUCUGCUCAUUAGGUCUGUAGAGAUUAUCUUUUCCUCUGAUUACUGCUUUAGAGGUACACUAAAUAUAUACAAGUACAUAGGAGAAAUUAGGUUAAAUGUGAUACACAUGAUAUAGCAGAGAGGGUUAAUAAGACAAAGACUUAAUGUUAGCCUGUCUGUCCCCUCCUCACACUCACACCAGGGAAAAUGGUUCAAUAUUGUUUCUAAAAUUUUUUUCAUGUUUAUUUGUUUUUGAGAGAGACAGACAGACAGAGCACAAGUGGGGAGGGGCAGAGAGAGAGACCUAGAAUCCGAAGCAGGAUCCAAGCUCUGAGAUGUCAGCACCAAGCCCAAUGCCAGGGCUCGAACCCACAAACUGUGAGAUCAUGACCUGAGCCAAAGUUGGACGCUUAACCGACUGAGCCACACAGGUGCCCUGGCUCAAUAUUGUUUCUAAAAGCAGACCUUCCUAAACCCACCUGAAACCCCAGACAAUAAAAAGAUUUUGUGUUUCACUGUA